GUCAGCGGCUAAUUUGCUAGAAAUUACCAGGCCUCCAUUCUCUAACGUAAAGUUAUUGAUGUCUCUUACUCUGAGUCUCUUUCUCGCCCGCUUGUGCGUUUGUCCGUGAUCUGAGCUCCUCAAGGACGUAACGGGCUGGACCUCGCUGCGCAUUUUGCAAAGCUUGUUCGCCUGCUCUUCCCUGCGACUGCGGCUGCUUCUUACUUCAGCCCGGAGCAGACUCAAGCUUUCUUCGCUUGACAUAUGCUUUUACCACACUCCUUUCCUCACGCAGAGCUUCGUCUUUGUUGUUGGCAGCUACAUCCAUCCUGUAGACUUGAUUCACUAAAGCAGAUAGAAUGAGGUACGGUAAGACUCUCGAGCGCGCAAUCUAUCCACCAUGGAAAGACAAGUACAUCGACUACAAUCGCCUCAAGGUCUUGCUCAAGGAGGAUCCUUCGCGACCUGGUUCCCCAUCCACGGGUUCGGUCGACCAGGACGAUACUGACUGGAGUGAAGACGACGAGAGCAAGUUUGUCGAGGAGCUAAUAAACGUACAGCUCGAGAAGGUACACGCCUUCCAAGCUGAGACACUGCAGCGUCUACAAGACGACACUGCUGAUUGUGAGAAGAAGCUCGAGCCACUGGGAGCAAAGGCUACCGAGGAGGGCGGUGACAAGUCGGACGACGGAAAUACCGAAGGCUUAGGCGAAGAUGAACAGAGGCAAGUGCUGGGAGAGGUGCUGAAAAAGCUAGACAGCAUCACAAAGGAGACAAACGAGUUGGAGAAGUACAGUCGUAUCAACUACACUGGCUUCUUGAAGGCGUGCAAGAAACAUGACCGCAAGAGGGGCAAUGCCUACAGGGUUCGCCCGUUACUUCAGGUUAGGUUGGCGGCGCUUCCUUUCUACAAGGAAGAUUACUCGCCCCUGCUAUACAGGCUCUCUGCCAUGUACUCAUUUGUGAGACAACGCUUGGAGGGCAGGACCCACAAAGGCAUGUCCUUUGUGGAAGAGUAUCCUGGUGCCGACAGUUACGUCUCGUAUAAGUUUUGGGUCCAUCCGGACAACCUCCUCGAAGUAAAGACCAUUAUCCUCCGUCGUUUGCCUGUCCUCGUCUACAAUCCUCAGACCUCCAAGAUUGCGCAAGGGAACGAGCCGGACCCCACUGUUACCUCCAUUUACUUCGACAACUCCAAAUUCUCACUGUACAUGAAAAAGACCACACAUCAGCCGCCUGCGGAUUCGUUACGUCUUCGCUGGUAUGGUUCUCUUAGCGAAAACCCAGACAUCAUGCUGGAGAAGAAAACCAUCAAAGACGGUGACAUCAGCGAGGAGAGUAGAUUUGCCAUCAAGGAAAAAUACAUUAAGUCUUUUAUUGAUGGCGAAUAUAAGAUGGAGAAGCAAAUCUCCCGCUUGCAAGAAAAGGGUGACGAAAUCCGCGCUCUAGAGCUGAAGGAUAAAGCUGCAGAAAUCCAAGCAUUUAUUCGGGGAAACCAGCUCCAGCCCGUACUUCGGGCCAACUACUCCCGUACCGCCUUUGAGAUCCCAGGUGACGACCGGAUACGGAUAUCUCUUGACACCAAUCUAGCCUUUAUCCGUGAGGAUGCUAUCGACUACAUCCGACCCUGUCGCGAUCCGGACGACUGGCAUCGAACCGACAUUGAUGAUAAGGGUAUGGAAUACCCAUUUAAUGGCAUCCGCAAGGGCGAAAUCAACCGCUUUCCCUAUGCUGUUCUGGAGUUCAAGAUCAAAGGCGGUCGCCGCUAUGAGUGGGUGACAGACCUCAUGGCCUCUCAUCUCGUGAAGGAAGCCCCCCGUUUUAGCAAGUUCGUGCAUGGCGUCGCGGAGCUGUUCGAGGAUUACGUGAACGCGUUUCCGUUCUGGCUUAGCAUGGUAGAAACAGACAUUCGACGGGAUCCGCGCGAGGCAUUCGAGGAAGAGCAGGAACGUGUCAGGCAACUUGAGGCCGACGAUGUCGUUGUGGGGAGCUUAUUUGGCAAAUCACCUGUGGGCGGGAGCCCAUUCCGCAGGGGAUCUAGCUUUGUGCCAUUGUCUAGUCCGAAGGCCAUCGCUACUUCGUCUGCCCCCAAUAAAACUCCAGGGUCCCUGCCCAAGGUCACGGCAGAUAUGACGAGGGUCGACAAGGACACGAAUGGAAAGUCGGGCAAGGAAGACACCAUUGAGGAGGAUUCAGGCGAGGACGAUCUCCAAUCUUCUCAGGAACGCAGCGCAGAAGUAGGUGCACUGCGAUCUCUUGGCCGCCUCUUCCCCUCGUGGUCAACCUCCCGCUAUGCACGGGCACACCGCGCAGGUGGCGAGAUCUUACCCCCUGGCGUCGAGAAGCCCACAUACUGGAUCAAGGAUCAAGGCCCCGUACGCGUUGAGGCGAAAGUCUGGUUGGCAAACCAGCGUACCUUCGUCAAGUGGCAGCACAUUACUGUGCUCCUCGCUUCUCUAGGGCUAGGCUUGUAUAACGCGGCGGGCGAGACGAACGACAUCGCUCGCGCGCUUGCCAUCGUGUACACUCUUGUCGCCGUCUUCACUGGUCUGUGGGGUUGGGGCAUCUACGUGUACCGCAACCGACUGAUCCGGACGCGCAGCGGCAAGGACUUUGAUUCAGUGGCCGGUCCUGUGGCUGUAUGUGUUGGACUUUUUUUUGCCCUGAUUCUUAACUUUGCUUUCAAGUUUAAUGCUGCACUACAGACGCGAAUAAAUGAGCUGCCUGUGGCAAACUCGGCGAUCAUCCUUGGGCCAAUACCACACGCCGCAGAUCUGUGAACGAGAAGUUGAUGGACGAUGCGGACGAGAAGGUCUUUUAGGCAUAGUCGGCAAGAGAUGACCAAGCUUUACUUAAAUUUCGCCUUUUUUUUAAAAUAGGAAUUUCUUAGUCUUUAACAAAAAGGCCUUCGAACUCUUCAGGGCACAGCAUAACAAUCGAACAUGACUGUAGCGUGGGCUGAAAGCCUUCCAGAAAGGCAACAUCUUGCUUUCUCAAUUUAGAUCCUCAUCUCCAAUUCG